AUGCAGCUACCACCGGUGGAUGUCCUUUUGUCCUGGCCAACUCCGAAUUAUGAGGACCCCGUAACGCGUGGCCCUGCCCUCGUCAUUGUCAAUUCCAUCUUCGUAGCGCUAGCCGUAUCAACUGUGGCUGCACGCCUGUACACGCGUAUAGUAAUCAAGAGGUGGUUCGGUAUUGACGAUAUUUUCAUCCUCCUGGCGCUACUCUUCACGCUCGGUCUCACUGCCGUCGUUCUCCUGGCAAACCAAAGAUAUGGAUGGGACAGACAUGUCUGGGAUAUACCUUUCCCAAUGUUCGUGCCGACUUCGAAAAUCGCUAUGACGGCGAAGGUUGUCUUCACAGCUGCAGCGACCUUCACAAGACUUUCCCUACAUUGUUUUUAUUACCGAUUGGUUACAGACUCGGGAAAAACAUGGUUCAAGUGGGCGAUCCAUGCUAACGUUGUCUAUACGAUUGGCAUAUUCAUAUCAUUCACUUUCAUCGCCAUCUUUUUCUGCAACCCUGUGAAGAAUUACUGGACCAUCGGCGCACCUCCAGACACCUGCAUGGAUGAGGCAGUCAUGACGCUCAUCUGCGGAAUCCUCAAUUGUGUCGCGGAUCUUCUUACCACGAUAACACCGAUACCCUUGGUUCUGGGUCUUCAUAUGCGCCUCCGUGAGCGCAUGGCUGUAGCAUCGCUCUUUGCUAUGGGAUUGAUUGUCACUGCCGCCGGUAUCGUACGUACAUGGUACAUUUACCGAAGCCUGUUCAAUGAGUACGACCAAACAUGGUACGCCUAUCCUCUUUGGAUUGCAGCUGCCGUGGAGAUCGAUUUGGGAGUGAUAUGUGCCUCGGCUCCAGUACUCAAACCACUCUUCGCGAAGAUCCCGUUCAGUUUAUCCAAAUCACUCUCAGGUGGCAUAUCCUUUAAAAAAUCGACCGGCCAUUCUUCGAAGACGCUAACGGCCAACGCAUCAGCGCCGAAUACUUCAAAUCGAAGAUCCGCAGCACCUCGCAAUGCACCAGAGCUCGCGAAUGACAAAGGCCAAAGCUACGAGAUGAAACAUUGGGCUGACACGGAAGGGGAUCUAGAACGAGGUAGCCAAGAAGCAAUCUUGGAAGAGGAGGAAGCGCCAAAGAAGGGCAUGUCACGUCUAUGGGGCAAGAUAAAACCGAGGUGCUCCGCGGAAGCGCUGGAUUCGGAUAUGACAAUCACUAUUCAAAACGAGGUGGAAUUACAAGUUGAGUCUGGACAAAGACCUGCUUCGCGAUACGCAACACAUGGGGACCUCCACGAGAACCACAUGCCGUUACCACCACUGGCGCCAAGAUCUAGAGGGCACAGUCGGUGA